UGAAAUAUGAAUUCACAAUUAUUUGUUUUCAUGGAACCAAUUUUCUCACCAUUCCAGGAAAAAAAUAAAGUGAAUUGCCUAUUGUUAUAAAUAAUGUUUGGCUCUACAAUCGUGCUAUUGUUACAAGGUUUAAGUUACUCCUAAAUUGCCAUUACUUUUUUAUUAGAAAGGUAGAAAGAGACAUUUAUCAUAAUGACUGAAUGGAAGCAAUUGAUAUCGGAGUGGCUGAAUGAGUACGCUGCACUUCUGGACAAUGAAAUCAAAAGCUUUGCAGCUGAACACGAACAUAACCAUGAAAUAGCUACUGCUAUCUUUAAUCUGUUCUACAGUGAAGAUGACAGUGGGACUAACACAAACAAAUUGGAGAAUGAAUCUGAAUAUGAACAGAUAUUGGAAAAUGUUUGUACCCAAUUAUUCAGCUUCUACAGAUCAAAGGAAGUUGAGUUACAAAGGUUCACACUGCAGUUUGUUCCUACUCUUAUUUAUAACUAUCUGAGCUCAGUAGCUCAAGGAAGUAAAAAAACUUGGCGCUGCAUAGAAACUUUAUUGAUUGGCCUGUAUAACUAUGAAGUUGUGGAUGAAGAGGGCAAACCCAAAGUAGUUCAAUUCAGACUCCCAUCAUUAGCGCAAGCUUCCAUAUAUCACGAGCCAUUAUCUUUGGGGUCCCAGUUCCUAACUGAGAGUGCAUUACGGAGGUGGGAAGAGUGCAAUACUAAACUAGUGAGUUGGGGCCCAUUCCCACAAGUCGAAGUGAUCAAUGCCCAAAACCGAUUGAAAGUAAUGUCAGCACUACUAUUUAUUUACAAUCGCCAACUGAGUUUAUUACCGAAACUUGCUUUGCGUCAUUUCUGUAUUGCUGCAUCAAGAAUAGUCACACAAGGUUUCAAUAAGAAAAUAACUACAGCAUCUGGAAAACCAGUACCGAGAAUACCAGUGUCGUCAAGUUUCUUAUUGGAAAUGAUUGAAGGCGCAUAUUUUGCUAUGUUCAACGAAUUCUACACACUGGCUCAUCAAGCAGUCCAAGAUAUUGACCAGAGAGCGCAGUAUGAACUAUUCCCUGAUGUUAUGUUGGUUACUAGUGCUGUGAUAAAUUCUUUAAAAAAUAAUCCUUCAGGACAACCAUGCGACGGGCCCAUGGGUAUAAGUGUAGCGUUGUCCCCUGCGACUACUACUGUGACCAUGUCGAAAUCCAUGAUCACUAAUGCAUCAUUCCGUACGAAGAAGUUACCAGAUGACAUUCCUAUUCAAGCUGGACAAGCCGUAGCAACUGAUUCAGCCGAUAUGCUCACUGCAAUCACCGAGGAGUGUGAAGCCGAAGCUGCUCCAAUACAGCGUGGCGGUGCUGUCCGGAGUUCCAAACCCAAACUAAGUUCAUUUCCUGUACUCGGUAAAAAAACAAAAGAUAGCAAAGACAAAAGCGCGAAUUCGGGCGAGAAAAAAGUUACACUUAAGGAGUCUUCCAAAGGUAUUUGGAAUUCACUGAGCGGUGGCGGCGGCGGGGAUAUGGUAGAUGCACAACAGAAGUCUAAUGUUACUGACAGUUCAAUAGAGGCGAAUGGCAGCAUGAAAGAUGAGAAAAUGUCCAUGACUUCAAUGCAUAAUAGUACUGAAAACUCUGACACACGGUCGCAAGUCACUUCCGACUCACUGGAUAUUGAAACGACUCCACGCUUUGCGGCAAUGCAAGUCAGUUCAGUAUAACUUUAUAAAGUUUGUGGUGUCUGGUUGGUAGAGAGUUAAUUUGGUGAUGUGAUAGAAUAUAUUUCCAGGAGAUAGCUAAUUCUGUGUAAACUUUAAAAAAAAUUUAAGGUCAUGUUGGAAGUGGUUACUUGUUACAUUGGUUAAAGUUGCUUAUGUUAAAUGAAAGGAUGCAAUAUUGGAAGUAUUUAUUUAUAGACUCUGUUGUGCAAAUUAUUUGUUACAAACUCAUCACGCAAUAUAAUUAUGUACCUUACAUAAAUUGUUCAGAAUAAAA